UACAGCGGCAGUGCCGUAUCUGUAUCUGUCAAAGACGGUGCCGGCGCAGCAGGGGCGCACACGGCUGGAAAUACUGGGCUGCCGGAAGCUCAAAGCUGAUUGAUUCUCCAGCAGCCAGACUAUGGAGAUGGCGAUGCAGCGGCAAUGGUUCGUCCGGCCAGGGGGAUUCUGGCGUGGUUUAUGCGAGCGGGCGAGUGGGAGAUCCGUGAUGGUGACGACGAUGGAGUUGAUGUGGGAUGAAGAUUGAUUAACAAGCAGAGCAAAGGCAGAAGCAGAGCAGAGCAAAAGCUAAGAGGGGAUUCAAGAGAGAAGAUUGGAACUGAGCUGGCAGAUGAAGCCAAGCCAGGAAGCAAGCACCAGAAGGUGGGACAAGGCAGGUGCAUCGAUGAAGAGAGCCACAAGGCGUGGGUCAGCAGGCACUCCGUACUUGCCGCGUAUCGGUAAGGUCGCCCACAGGUACCGGUACGAACUCGAGUACUUGGCUCUUGUGCUGACGCCGCCUGGCCAGGGCUUGCCAGGGCUACGACUGCUGCCCGCGCCGAGCGUGUUCGCUGCGCCAGGUGGUACUCGACAGCGCGGCGGAGCGUACAGGUACUCCGGACUCGGUUCUCGGUACAACGGCGCUCCCUUUUCCGUUCGUGCAGCCACGAGCUUGGCAGCUCUGGCAGGGUUCGUGGGCGGCCGCAAAGUUCAGUGGCCCCUGUGCUGGGUGCGGGGCCUGCUAGACGGGCUAACUGAAGACAUCUGGAACCUGUUGGGCGGGCUAAUUAGCGGGCUAAUGCGGUCGGUUGGUUCCAUUAACCUGGAGAAUUUGCAUCAGACAGAGAAGCCCAAGAGGUACUCACUCGCACUUUUGCCCCUGCGAUUAUUUGUCAUUCCCGUCCUGAGCACAAAUGUGCGUCCUGCCAUGCUGCCAUGCUGCAAUGCCCAUGUGAGCAUGUGCAUGCAGCGUUGUGCUGUAGAAGCGCAGUGCUGUACUGAACGAGGCCCUCCUCCAUGCCAGUACUCGUACCUGGUAGCAGCAGCCAAGGUACCUGUGCAGCACUCAACUGGUCCCCUGCUCGCCAGCCAGACGGGGCCUGCAGACGCCACUGAACGCCUAGUGUGCCAGUGCACGCCGCUGGGAAUACCCCAGGCUGGCGCCUAA